UUUGAAUUUGAAGCGAGUAGACCUUGAUCAACAGCAGGAAGCAACCGAGGAGCGCUAAUAAACUUCGGUCUGUGGAGCUGCUUGUCAGUAUGUCCUUUCCGAAGGCGCCCCUGAAACGAUUCAAUGACCCUUCCGGUUGUGCCCCAUCUCCAGGUGCUUAUGAUGUUAAAACUUCAGAUGUAUUGAGAGGACCAGUAUCCUUUCAGAAAUCACAAAGAUUUAAAAAACAGAAAGAAUCACAACAGAAUCUUAAUGUUGACAAAGAUACUACCUUGCCUGCCUUAGCAAGAAAAUUUAAGACUUCGGGAUUAAAGAAGGCAUCUCAAAAGAAUGAUAAAGAUUUAAAGACACUGGAAAAAGAGAUUCGUGUUCUUGUGCAGGAUCGUGGUGCUCAGAUCAAGCAGAUCCAGGAACAGGAAGCUGAGUUGGAGAAGAUGGAAGCAAAGCUAAAUGCUGCAGUCAGGGAAAAAACAUCUCUCUCUGCAACUAAUGCUUCACUGGAAAAACAGCUUAUUGAAUUAACCAGAACCAAUGAGCUGCUAAAAUCUAAGUUUUAUGAAGAUAGUAACCAUAAGAAUAUGAGAAUUCUAAGCCUGGAAUUGAUGAAACUUAGAAACAAAAGAGAAACAAAGAUGAGGAGUAUGAUGGCUAAAGAAGACAGCAUGGAGGCAAAGCUCCAGGUCACCCAGAAGAAUCUUGAAGAGUCUCAGGGGAAAAUAGCACAACUUGAGGGGAAACUUUUUUGCCUAGAGAAAGAAAAAAUUGGUGAAAAAUCUGAAACAGAAAAGCUCCUAGAAUACAUCGAAGAAAUUAGUUGUGCAUCAGAUCAAGUGGAAAAAUACAAACUGGAUAUUUCUCAAUUGGAAGAAAAUAUGAAAGAGAAGAAUCAUGAAGUUUUAAGCCUUCAGCAAGCUCUUGAGGAAAAUAUUGCUUUAUUUUCUAAACAAGUGGAGGAUCUGAAUGCUAAAUGUCAGCUGCUUGAAAAGGAAAAUGAAGACCUUGUCAACAAGGAUAGGGAAAAGGAUGACAGUCUAAAUUCUGAAAUGCAAAACUUAAAGGAGAAGAUUAUUCUUGAAAAACAAGAACGUGAAAAACUACAACAAAAAGAGUUGCAAAUUGAUUCACUUCUGCAACAAGAGAAGGAACUGUCUGCCAGUCUUCAGCAGAAGCUAUGUUCUUUUCAAGAGGAAAUGAUUAAAGAGAAGAAUCUCUUUGAGGAAGAAUUAAAGCAAGCACUGGAUGAGCUAGAUAAAUUACAGCAGAAGGAAGAACAAGUUGAAAGGCUGGUCAAACAGUUAGAAGAGGAAACAAAAUCUCAAGCUGAAGAACUAAAACUCCUGAAAGAAAAGCUGAAAGGGAAAGAGGCUGAACUGGAGAAGAGUAAUGCUGCCCACUCUCAGGCCUUCCUGCGUUUGCAGGAAAAGUAUAAUAGUACAGCGCAAAACCUUGGAGAUGUUACUGCUCGGUUUGAAAGCUAUAAAGCAAUAACAGCUAAUGAGAUAGAAGAUCUUAAGCUGGAGAACUCAUCACUUCAGGAAAAAGUAGCCAACGCUGAGAAAAGUGCAGAGGAUGUUCAGCAUCAGAUAUUGGCAACUGAGAGUGCAAAUCAAGAAUAUGCAAAGAUGCUUCUAGAUCUGCAGUCCAAAUCAGCACUUAAAGAGGCAGAAAUUAAAGAAGUCACAGUUUCUUCUCUUAAAAAAGUAACUGAUUUGCAGAAUCAACUCAGGCAACAAGAGGAAGACUUUAAGAAGCAGCUGGAAGAGGAAGAGGCAAGAAAAUCUGGAAAAGAAAACACAAUGGCAGAAUUAACUGAGGAAAUGAAUAAGUGGCGUCUCCUUUAUGAAGAACUAUAUAAUAAAACAAAACCUUUUCAGCUACAACUGGAUGCAUUUGAAGCAGAGAAACAGGCUUUGUUGAAUGAACAUGGUGCAGCUCAGGAGCAGCUAAAUAAACUAGGAGAUUCAUAUGCUAAAUUAUUGGGUCAUCAAAAUCUAAAGCAAAAAAUCAAGCACGUUGUAAAACUGAAAGAUGAAAAUAGCAAACUCAAGUCGGAGGUGUCAAAACUGCGUUCUCAGCUUGCUAAAAAAAAGCAAAGUGAGACAAAACUUCAAGAGGAAUUGAAUAAAGUUCUGGGUAUCAAACACUUUGAUCCUUCAAAGGCUUUUCUUCAUGAAAGUAAAGAAAAUUUUACUCUCAAAACCCCACUGAAAGAAGGGAAUACAAACUGCUGUUGAGCUCCUAUGGAGUUUCAAGAAUCAUGCAAGUAUACAUCUGAAAAAAAAUGUGCUGAAGAUGAUUUUAUUCUUAUUUUUAUUGUUGUCCUUGCUAUCAUUAUUAUUACUAUGUGUGUAAUGAAUAUUUUUUAAUAUUGUAUUUAAUGUUAACUUCUUAUCCUUAAAUAUGUGAAAGGAAAUUCAACAUUUCUUACUAGUCUGUCUAUUGAGAUUCUAUUUCCUACCGUUGGGACCUCCUCCCUGAUGCUCACCUUAUCACUUCAUUCUAUACUGUCUAACUGGCUUUCCAACUUUGCAAUUCAUCCCAUCAAAUAAACAUUCCUUUAAAAGUCACUCACAUAAAUGUCAUUCCCCUAUUCUGAAACCUAGCAUGGUUUUAAGAUUAUAAUCCCUAAGGUUUUUAGUUUGAUACUGGAGGCCUUUUCCAAUCUAAACCUUCUAAACUAGGCUAAAACAACUUGGUUUAUUUUUGCUUUACUUUGCUUCUCCUAGUAACGUUCAUUCUAUCCUAUUCAUCAUCCAUUUAUCCUGUUCAAAUAAGAAAGAAGGGCAUGCUUAACUCCAUAGUAAUCUCUUUAUCUCUUAAAAGUCAUUUAGUUGGUCAAUAAUUUACAGAUAACUAGAUUCCAUCCCCAUCCCACUAAAUUAAAAUCUGGGGCUUAGCCUGAAAUUCUGGCAUUUUAACAAACUCUGCAGUUAAUUCUUAGAUCUAUGCUGAAAAUCUGAGAAACUAUGCUCAUAACCUCUGUAAAGAAUUUGUCUUAUAGUGCUUGGCAUCUGCCU